AUUAUGUUAAAUUAUUCGGAAGUGUAGUUAAUUAAAUUAAAACCAACCGGAAUGUUCUAGUCUUUAAAUAAAAUCUAAUGGAAUGAAACAUUUUCGAACUGAAAUUUUGUCCUGUCCAACUGUCACUGUCGCACUGUCAAAUCACUAGAGUGUCAAUGUGAGUUUCGAUUCGAAUAUUUGGAUUUCAAUAAUACUGUUUCGCUCGUAAACAAAGUGUGAAUUAAAUUUAUAUAAAUAUAAAUGCGAGACUAUUAUGUGAUAGCUUGAAUUGUUAACUAUACAGUUGUAACAAUGAACAGUUUUACAAACUUCGAGUACCUUGAUAUAGUAAAGUUCUAUGUGCUUGCGGACUUCAAUACUAAUGAGGCUCGUCGCCUCUACAGUGAUCCGGAUCAUUUAAAUAGUUUAAAACGGAAAGGUAUAAACAACCCGCGUAUUCCGACCGGGAAAACAUUUAACCACGUUUGGGGGCGUCUAACGGAGUACGGACAGUUUCGUACACCGACAUACGUAGGACAUGGAAUUGUAAAAUCAUUUAACUUCAAAGAUCGAUUGAAAGCCGAUCGAAUUCUAGAUUACUUAAAAACUAACCCGAAAACUAGUAUGCGGAAGGCAGCCCGGACUUUUAAUGUCAGCAUAGAUUAUGUUUCUAAGCUUUUGAAAAACCAGAGUGACGACGAAGGUGCACCCGAUGCAGAUAAGGAGAAGGACGCAAUCAUAGCCAGCGUGUACCAUUAUUUAAAAAAAGAGCGCGACGAGCGGGGGGACAAGACGGUGUCGACAAGGGAGCUCCGGCAACGCGCGGCGCUCGCCUGCGGAGUCGGCGAAGGCACCGUGCGUCGCGUCCUCAAAAACGAGCGCGAUAAGGAACACCCCGAUUCUAAACCCCGCAUUGGACGCCCUAGAAAACGAAGCAAACACAGUGAGCAGCGGAGUGACUCUGAAGAUGAUAAGGACGGCGAGGAGUCGGAGCUGACGCUGGCUCAGCUGCAGCAGCGGAAGCUGUCGCAGAAUGGAGCGGAACCAGCCAAGACACGGGAACCCAGCCGCAAGAGGGGACGCAAGAGGAAAGCAAGCGCACCACCACCGGAACAAGAGGAGUCCGACUCGGAUGAACCAGAAGUAAUUCUCAAAUCGAACACAAAUAGUGAUGAAGACUGCAUUGAAAUGGAUCCCCUUACUUCGGCCGACAAGGAGCCCAACCCCGAAGUGACGGACACAACUGUAGACAACGGUUUGCAACAAGAGGAGACGGAGGAAGUAGCUGACACGUUAUUUGUGAAGAUUGAACCGCGCGAGUUUGAGGAAUGCACGUAAGUGUGACUAGUAAAUUAGUGAACGAUAUUUAAACACGUGAUUGUACUCAUGAUUACAAACAACUUUCCCUAAGAAAAAAGUAUGGAAAAAGUUCUAAAAAGUGUGGGAGAGCCACGCUUCGGCACGAAUGGGCCGGCUCGACCGGAGUGAUACCACGGCCGAGUAGAAAACCGACGUGAAACAACGCUUGCGUUGUGUGAGUGAGGUUACCGGAGGCCCAAUACCCCCUUUCCCAAUCUUCCCAAUCCCUGAUUCCGCAAUAACCCUUAAAUUCCUAAUCC